AUGUCGAGGCUGUUUACCCCCGUCCAGGUCGGUUCCUGCCACCUGCAACACCGCAUCGCCAUGGCGCCCAUGACCCGGCGACGGGCCCACGAGAACUACGAGCCCAGUGAUCUUAUGGUCGAAUACUACGCGCAGAGGGCGUCCGUGACGGGGACCCUGUUGAUCUCCGAAGCGGUGGCGACGUCGCCACGGGCCAGUGUCUGGCAGAACACCACGGGUCUCUACACGGCCGAACAGAUGGCCAAAUGGAAACCGGUGGUUGAAGCGGUGCACGCAAAAGGGUCUUUUAUCUUCGCGCAACUGUGGAUCACGGGGCGCGCUGCUCGACCCCUCGCCGUCGCGGCAGGCGCCGAGGUCAUCUCGAGCAGCGCCAUCCCGUGGAGUCCCGAGUCGGCGGUCCCGCGAUCACUGCGAGAGGAGGAAAUCUGGGCGUGUAUCGAGGACUUCCGCCAAGCGGCCAUCAACGCCGUAGCGGUCGGAUUUGACGGCGUCGAAAUCCACGGCGCCAACGGGUACUUGGUCGACCAGUUCACGCAGGACACGUGCAACCAGCGCACCGAUGGGUGGGGAGGCAGCAUCGAGAAACGCUCCCGGUUCGGCGUCGAGGUGGCAAAGGCGGUCGUGGGCGCCGUCGGGCACGAGAAGGUCGGGUUUCGCAUUAGUCCGUGGUGUCGGCAUCACGGCAUGGGCAUGGCCGAUCCCCUUCCCCAGUUCACUCACCUCUUGCAGGAGCUUCAGAAACUCAAGCUCGCCUACCUCCACAUCAUCGAGGCUAGGGUCUCAGGCAACGAGGACGCCGACCUGCGCCAGUCAAUCGACAUGUUCGUCGACGUCUGGAAUGGCACUAGCCCUGUUAUCGUCGCUGGAGGCUACACCGCCGAAAGCGCCCGAGAUGCCGUCGACGGCAAGUACAAGGACAAGGACGUCUUGAUCGCGUUUGGUCGUCAGUUUAUCUCGAACCCAGACCUGCCACUACGGGUCAAGCAGGGAAUUCCCUUCACCAAGUACAAUCGGGAUACCUUCUACGAGGUGCUUUCGCCGAAGGGCUAUACAGACUAUGCCUUCUACAGCCCGGCUCAGACGGCGUAG